ACGGGAGGAGGAGGGGGACGAUGCAUUUUGGGCUCGAGAUUUAGAUGGCUCGGUCAUGUUUGGGCCGUGUAUGCUCGUUGACGUUGGGCCGUGGGCCGUCACAGGCUAUUCAACUACUUCCGAACCGCCGAGAAGGGCUGAGAGCCUGAGAGAGACCACGCCAGAUAUGCUCCUCCGCGCCGGGCUCCCCCACCUCCGCCGCCGCGCGGCGGCGCUGCCCCUGUCGCUCGCCCCGCGCCGGCUCUCGUCCGAGCCUCCGCCGGGCGUCGAAUGGAUAGACACGGUGGACUACCUGGACGAGACGGGGGAGGUCCUCUCGUCCGCGCCCGGGGCGCGCCCCGCGGUGCCGGGCGCCGACCCCACCAUCCUCUCCGGCUCCUCCGCCCACCCGCUCCCGCGCCCCGCCGCGGCGGCCCGCCUCGCCGCGCUCGCGCUCCGCCACCGCUCGGGGCCGUCCCUCUCCGCCGCGCUCUCCGCGCUCCCCUCCCAGCCCGACCCCGCGCUCCUCCUCCUCGCCGCCAACUCCCUCCCCGCCUCCGACCCCACCCCGCUCCUCUCGCUCGUCGGCUGGGCCCGCCACCAGCCCUGGUUCGUGCCCUCCGAUGAUCUGUCCUUCAUCGUGGCCGCGCGUCUGUCGCCGGCCACCCACUCCUCCGACCUCAUGUCGCUCUUCGACGACGCCCUCUUGCACCCGGAGCCAGCCUCUUUCCCCAAGACCCUCAACGCCGUCGUCUCCGCGCUCUCCACCCACGGCCUCCUCGAGCCCGCCUUCUACUGCUUCAAGCGCCUCCGCGACGCCGGCUUCCAUGGCCUCCAGACGCCCACCUGCAAUGCCCUCCUCUCGCUGCUGCUCGCCAGGGGGCUCGCCUUCAAGGCCUUCGAGGUGCUCGACGAAAUGUCUGUGGCGGGCUGCGAGCUCGACAAGGGCACUUACGAGCUUGCUGUGCCGGCGCUUGCACGUGCUGGAAGGAUUGACGCAUCACGCAAGCUGUUUGAUGAAAUGAGACAGAGGGAUGGGGUCGGGCCUGCCUCGCCGGGGGUGUACAGCACUAUGGUCGAUGUGCUGGCCAAAUCAGGGAGGCUUGACGCUGCGAUGGGGAUGUACAGGGAGAUGGUGGCAGUGGGGCACAGGGUGAGCACGGCUGUGAGCACCGCCAUGGUGGAGGGGCUUGUGAAGGCUGGGAAGCUGGAUGCAGGGAUGGAGCUUUGGGAGGAGAUGCGGCGAGGAGGGCUCCGACCAAGCUUUGGGUUGUACACCAUGGUAGUCGAGGCAAAUGCACGGUCAGGAAGGCUGGAUGUCGCUGCGAAGCUGUUUGGUGAUAUGGAGAAGUCUGGCUUCUUCCCUACUCCUGCCACAUAUGCUUGUUUGGUCGAAAUGCAUGCUUCAGCGGGGAAUGUGGAUGUAGCAAUGAGGAUGUACCACUCGAUGGCAAAUGCAGGGACAAGGCCAGGGCUGAGCACAUUUACAGCAUUACUGACCAUGCUGGCGAAUAAGAAGCUGCUUGAUUUGGCUGCAAAGGUGCUGCUUGAGAUGAAGGCAUCAGGGUUCCCCAUCGAAGUGACCGCGAGUGACCUGUUGAUGAUUUACAUCAAAGAUGGGUCGACGGAGCUUGCUCUCCGGUGGCUGCGGUUCAUGGGUUCUGCUGGGAUACGAACCAACAAUUUCAUCAUAAGGCAGCUCUUUGAGUCUUGCAUGAAGAUGGGGCUGUAUGACUCGGCACGGCCACUGCUCGAGACGUAUGUCGGUGCGGCGGCAAAGGUGGACAUGAUACUCUACACUUCAAUCCUCGCACAUUUGGUGCGGUGCCAGGAUGAGGACAGCGAACGGGCAAUCAUGAACAUCCUGAGCGUGAGCAGGCACAAGGCGCACGACUUCAUGUGCGGGUUGUUCACCGGGCCAGAGCAAAGGAAGAAGCCCGUGCUCUCCUUUGUCCGGGAGUUCUUCCAAGGCAUUGACUACGAGAAUGAGGAGAGUGCGGCGAGGUACUUUGUGAACGUGCUCCUCAACUACCUGGUGCUCAUGGGGCAGAUGAACCGUGCACGAUGCGUCUGGAAGGUCUCUUAUGAGAACAAGCUGUUCCCUAAGGCCAUCGUAUUCGACCAGCACAUUGCCUGGUCCCUGGACAUCCGGAACCUGUCAGUGGGAGCGGCGCUUGUCUCUACAGUGCACACGCUGCACCGGUUCAGGAAGCGGAUGCUCUACUACGGGGUCGUGCCGCGGCGCAUCAAGCUGGUGACAGGGCCGACGCUCAAGAUGGUGGUGGCCCAGGUGCUGGCUUCGCUGGAGUCGCCAUUCGAGGUGAGCAAGGUUGUCCUGCGCGCGCCCGGGGACUCGGUGCUCGAGUGGUUCAAGAAGCCGAUCGUGCAGCAGUUCCUGCUCAACGAGAUACCGUCGAAGUCCGACGUCCUGAUGCACAAGCUGAACGUUAUGUUCCCAAGCUCGGCGCCAGAGGCCCGGUCUCUGGCCCUUCCCAGGUCCCUUGGCAUGUCACGGUGAUGGUGCCAGUGUGUGCAAACCGUAAGCAUUAUGUAUACUACUAUAGCUUUUUGCCAAAGCAUGAGAACGUUCACUCGUCUCUCUGUUUGUACGUGUACAAUAAUGCUAAAUUUCAAAUGGUUUGUGGUACCAUAAUUUUUGAAGAAAGGAGAGAUAAUGCAAAUGCACGGCUCCUGUUGCGAAGA